UGGUUGCACAACUGUCAAUAUAAUCCUUCACACACAAUAUUCACACACAGCCUCCUGUUCGAGGGAGACGAUGUCCUGCUCAGAACUGAUAUGUACUUGUCUCCUGCUGCUAGUGAAUGUACUCCUUGGAGUAGAUGGAUAUUGCAUGUACAGAUGGCUGCGAUGCUACUCCAAAUCGAUGAAUUUCAGUGAUAUGGUUUAUGUAGAGUCAUACUUUUACAAUAAAAUGGAAUUCUUAGUGUUUAACAGCACUGUUGGUUUGUAUGAGGGCUAUUCCGGUAUUGGUAUGCGUUUAGCAAAUGAGAAGAAUCAUGAUGAAUUCCUUCUGCCAUAUGAGCGGGGCUCUGUUGACAGACUCUGCAAAGUCAAUGCCCAUGUCUAUGCAAACUAUGGAAUUGACCAAAAAUUUGAGCCCAGAGUGAAGCUGAGUUUGGGGAAGCCUUUCAGCGACCAUCACCCUGGCAUGCUGGUGUGCAGUGCGUAUGACUUCUACCCAAAGUUGAUCCGCUUGACCUGGUACAGACAUGGUCGGAAGGUGACCAGCGAUGUCUCGGCCACAGAGGAGCUGGCGGAUGGAGACUGGUUCUAUCAAGUCCACUCCUACCUGGAGUUCACCCCCAAACCUGGAGAGAAGAUCACCUGCGUGGUGGAGCAUAUUAGCUUCAAGGAGCCCAGAGAGUUUGUCUGGGAGUCCACCAUGCCUGAGGCGGAGAGGAACAAGAUGGCUAUUGGAGCUGCUGGAAUGGUGCUGGGACUGGUGGUCUUUGCUGCAGGACUGCUCUACAACAGGAAGUCGUCUCAAGUAUGUUCUUUGGCACAGGGUGGACGCUGGCUCCUGUAAGAACAGCCUCUACUUCAUGACCUUCUUCAUGUUCCUCUUCAUCCUCUAAUGCAUCACUGGCCUCUUUACAGCUCAUUGUUGAGGAUGAUUUCAUCAUAAUUUGAAGGUUUCGUGUCUCUUAAAAAUGUAAUAUAAAAUGUUAUCUAAAUUCCAACUAGAUAUGUGUAUUGUAAUCAAUGGCAUGUAAUGAGAUUAGAAUAAACUAAAAUGUGCAACACAGGUUUUGUUUUUUACCAUGUAAUCCAUGUAGAUUUUGUGUUUUAGUUAAUAUAAAAAAAGGAUGAUCUUUUCUCAUUCAUGUUCCACAUACUAGCUGAGUGACUUCAACAAGGGUAGGCUACAGAAUAAUUAGAACAACACAGAGUGCUGCUACCAGUCGUUGUUACAUUUUUAGAUUUGUACUUGUAAAUGUAUUAAAACUGAUCAUUUAUUUUCCAAGGUACUCAGUUCCAUGCCAGUUCCAAAGUACUUGCUCCCAAUAAAUGUCCAAUUGUUGAGUG